AUGAAGCGCCUUGAGGCAGAACUUCCAUUUUCCCCACCCCAAAACGCGGUAUGUGAGUCGGCGUCCCCUGGUCCGGACAGCACUUUCUUCUGGCUAAUCGACAAAUCCGGACGAUGUCAGGACGUGCACAUCGUUUAUGCAUUGAUAGUCUUCGAGGCAGAUCCUAACAUCACCGACGCAGAGGGCCUCUCCCCACGGCACUGGCUCUGCCAGCACGAAUCUAACGUAGACGCAAUACUCUACGCUCUAGAUGUGGUUCAAGCCCAGCGCUGUCCUCUAGGUCGAGCCAACUGCACCUCAGGUUGCAUCUCCCCGGAGGCCGUCUCACGUCGUAGUCAACAGGCGGAUUGUGUCAAUCAGCAAGAGAGUACCUGCAGUCGCAGUUCUAGUUAUACCUACCUCACCCAACUUCUGCAGGACAUGCCUUUCGCUGCGUUGCGCAGUAACACAGAUCCCACUGGUGACCUCUUCAAUGGCACUCCACCAGACCCUGUGCUAAAUAAUACUAAUCUCACGAAAGAUCUCAUCUGUGUUGGUGCUCUUACAACCAUCCACGAGCCGGGAACGAUGAUCGCACGAGUCGACAAUGAUCUCUUCAUCUACCUCUCUGGAGGAAACCACAUUUCUCUUUCCUCCUUUUCUUCCUCAAAGUCCCCCUCGCCCCAAAAGCGCUCCUCGGUCCGCGGAAUUUGCUCUACUUCGGCGAUGCAGACCGUGGCUGAGGUCUCCUCUGAUGCGGAGGGCAACUCACCAAGGCCCGAACCGAUGCAGACGGAGGUAGUGGAGGGGGAUAGAGCAAGUCCAACAGCGACGACGCAGAACCCCCAGUCGUGGUUUCGUCGCACCAUCGUGUCGAGGUUUAUCUCUGCAGCGUUGCCGGGACUGGACAGUCUGUUUGCCGAUGAGGCAGUGAGACCAGAGAGCGUGGAGAUGGGACCUUUGCCGUCACCGCAACAGCCCCCUGAGACAGAGAAGGAGCAUGUGCCCGUAGACGAAGUGGAUGUAGAUGCCAAGGAGAAUGGGAAACAGGAAUUGGCAGUGGCUUCUGUUGAGCCUCUAGCCACAGGAUUUGCAACAGCGUCGGCUCUGGAGACAAUAAAGCCUCAGGAACUCCAUCACUAUUAUUUCGAAAAUCAUAAUCAACAGGAACAAGAGCAGCAAGAACAAGGAUCGCAUAACCAUCGCCACCUCUGGAGUCGUGCCAUUCGGAGCUGCUCAGGUCGACCCGGUGUGCCAUGUUGUCUGGAGCGAAACGCUCGAUGCUUUUCGGCUGUGCAUGGAAGUGGUGGAGGUAUCAACCCGAGUCUUCCCUUGACCACAUUCUCCACAAUAUGUCAACCUACAGAGGAUGCGGCGUCGGAGAACAUGCAGAGAGACGCAGAGGGUUUUCGGGCAAGUCGACGCGGCUACCGGGUGCUAUGUCUCGACGGUGGGGGUAUUAGGGGGCUAGUUUUGUGCCAGAUCCUGCGAGCAAUCGAAAAAGCGGCGGAGAGGCCUAUCCGCGACCUUUACGAUUGGGUGAUUGGUACGUCCACUGGAGCUAUGCUGGCGUUGAAUAUCGUGCAGGGCAAGUGUGUGCGCUACAACCGUUGUCUGUAUUUUCGACUAAAGGAGAAGAUUUUUGUGGGUAAUCGGCCCUAUCCUACAGAGGGAUUCGAGAGUCUUUUGCGUGAGGAGUUUGGUGAGCGAUCAGUCAUGUCUGACAUCGCGGACGUGAGAGUUUCAGUCACAGCUCUGCGAGGCGACCAUUUCCCUCCUCGCUUGCACAUGUUCCGCAACUACCCCGCACCAUAUGAACGAACGGAACGACUUGUGUCGGAGCUCCUCGAAGCCCGUUCCCCUCGCGUCGCUGCUUCCACCUCCUCCACCUCUACCUCCAUCGAUACCAGUACUGUCACGCAGGUGACUGACAACUCAAUGACUGCCGACGUGUCUUACAAGCGCCUGCUAAACACCUUCCUACGUGACCUCUUCGGUGAGACUAUCCACGAAGUGGGUAACGGGGGGGAGGACGAGUCGAACCUGCAGGAGUCCGUCGUCUCUCUCCUUUCCUCCUUCUCCCGACGCUACAUGUACAGUUUCAGGGGUGUGGAACAGCCUGUGCCUACUAGUGAGCAGACAUAUCUUACAGUUCUUAAAUUCCCCAAGUACACUAAACUGCUAAAAAUCUACGAAAUGACGGCCGACGAGGUGGCCCUUGUCUGGCAAGCUGCGAGGGCGUCAGGAGCAGCGCCCAGCUACUUCCGCGCCUGCGGUCCAUUCCUCGAUGGUGGUCUUAUUGCCAACAAUCCCACAUUGGAUUUGCUUACUGAAGCACAAGAGCUUAACAUUGUUCGACGCCUUCGACGUGAGCCGGCCAUUCCAAUCGCCUGUGUGACCUCCCUGGGCACGGGCCGAGUGCCGCUGCGCGAGGUGCAGCAGUUGGAUGUCUUCCGACCGCAGAACAUGUCUGAGGCCUAUCGGGUGGCUUUGGGCGUCACUGAGCUCUCGCGGAUGCUUGUGGAGAUGGCCACCAUGUCAGAGGGUCGUAUCGUGGAGCGUUCUCGAGCCUGGUGCAGUUCUCUUGGAGUGCCUUUCUUCCGCUUCAGUCCACUGCUCUCGGGGAACGUGGCGUUGGACACCAAGGACACACGGACUAUCCUGCAGAUGUUGUGGGAGACAGAGGCCUACCUCUGCAACUGUCGUGAUCGCAUCUUUCGACUGGUGGAUUCCCUUCUACUCGCCUCGGAUUCGCCUCCGGCCUCUGUCAACAACGUCACUGCUACUGCCCACACCACUAUCUCAUCCCCGACUUGA